AUGUCUCAAUCAAAACCAAAUCAAGAAAUAUCUUCCAGGAAUUUACACGAAAAACAUUUAAAGACCGAACAGAAAAAGAAAAAUAAUAAUCUAUCAACAUUAGAAAAAGAUAAAAGAAGUUAUUCACAAGGUGAUAAUGAAAAAUUAAUUUGUGUGCAACUAAAUAUAGAAGAGAAUAAUUUCCCGAAUGAUGAUAAGAAUUUAAGGGAAAAGAAAUAUUCCUCUAAUUAUAAUUAUGAAAAGAAAAAAAAAAAUAAUGAAAUCAACAAAUUUGAAGGAGAAACAUUGUUCAAUAAAAAAUUAGAACAAAAUGAAAACACCAAUGAAUUUAAUAAAAUAAAAGAACAACAAACAAAAGAACAUAUCAAUGAAUAUGUUAAUGGAUAUACGGUUGGACAUAUCCAUAAAAAUUCCGAUAAACCAAUCGACUACCUUAAUGUUGAUAGAUAUGCUGAAAAAAAAUAUGAAGAAGAAAAAAAUAAUUUUUUAUAUAACAAUAUAGAAAAUCAAUAUACAUAUCAUACAUUACCAUUUACAACAUAUCCUUGGGAAAACAAUUAUAAUAUGUAUAAUAUUAAUGAUGUACAAAAUGGAAUAUAUAAUAAUUAUUUUGAAAAUGAAGCUUUCCAGAACAAUUUAUAUUGUACAUAUGAUAAUAAUGGAAUGGAAAACAUAAAUUAUGGAUAUAUAAAAUAUAAUGAUAUAAAAAAAGACAACAGAACGUUUAAAAAUUACACAUUUCUAAAAGGAGAAAACAUAAAUAAUAAUACUAUAUGUAUGAAUGAAAAUAAUAUGUUUUAUAAGGAACCUUAUCCAAAGUAUAUAUGCAAAGAUGAAAAUAAAUACACACAUAGGACAAAUAAUAAAAAGAAAAAAAGCAACAUCAACAACAACAAUGUGAACAACAACAAUGUGAACAACAACAAUGUGAACAACAACAAUGUGAACAACAACAAUCAUAAUAAUAAUAAUAAUUAUAAUUAUAAUAUUAAUAAUGGUAUAAAUAAUAACGAUUAUUAUUAUUACAAUUCCCAUAAUUUUAAAGACAAUAGUAAUAUUAUGAAAGGUUUUUUAAAGGAACCGAGUGUUCUUAAUAAUCCGAUUUAUUUAAAUAAUAAUACGCAUAAUUAUAUACCAUAUAAUAAUAAUAUUCAUAAGAAUGAUGCAAAUAUAUAUAAUAAUACGAAUUCCUAUAUUGCACCUUGUUUACCUUAUUCUUAUUAUUAUAUACCACCCUUUAACGAAACAAAUAUAAGAAAUAGUAACUAUCCACCUACAUAUUACCCAUUCCAUACAACCAACAACAACAACAACAACAACAACAACAACAAUAAUAAUAAUAAUAAUAAUAAUAAUAAUAAUAAUAAACAUGUAUAUUCAUAUUUAUAUAAUGACCAACAGAUCCAUCAAAUAAAUAAUAAUAUACAUCAAAAUGCCUCAAAUGCAUAUUUUAUAAAUUCUAAUACUUUAGGAAAAUCUUCUAUCUCAACAAAUUAUGUUUCUAAUAAUAAUGUGAAGGGAAAGAAUAAUUCUAAAUAUUAUAGAAUAAAAUUAUGUCCAUUUUUAAAAGAAGGAUUUUGUCAAAAAGGAGAUAACUGUUCAUACGCUCAUUCACCAGAUAAAUUAAGAAAUUAUAUUAGUUUUAAAAAAACAAAAAUAUGUGAAAUGUGGUUAAAGAAUAAAUGUGGAAAUACAAAUUGUGUAUAUGCCCAUGGAGAACUAGAAUUAAGGGCACCCCCUGAUUUUUUUAAAACAAAAUUGUGUAAAUUUUUUAAUACGAGUGGCAUGUGUCCUUUAUCUGAUAAUUGUCGACAUGCCCAUGGACAGAAUGAAUUAAGGAAACCUGAUUAUAGAAAUAAUGAACAUCACGUAGAUACAUUAACAAAUAAAAAAAACGAUAAGCCUUUACAUUAUGAAAUAAAUAAUAAAAAUGUUUCAAAUAAAUCCAUUUGUACUAAAUCACAUAACAAAAUAAAUGAAAAUAAAAAUGAUAUAAAGGUUUCUAAAAACAUAAUUAAUAAUGAAAAAAGAGGAGAGUUACAAAAGAAAGAAGGAAACAAACAAAUAAAUGAAGGAAAAAAAAAUACAAAAAUAAAUAGAAAAAAGAAAACUAAUGAAAAUAAUAUAUGUAACCAAAGUAAUGAAGUUAAAACUUUAAUUAAAAAUAAUAAACAAAUUGUUCAUCAGAACAAGGAAGAAGAAAAAUAUCAAAAUAAAGAACAAGAAAAUCAAGGACAAAUAGAAAAAAAUAAAACAAAAGAACAUGAUGAAAAUAAAACACAAGAACAUGAUGAAAAUAAAACACAAGAACAUGAUGAAAAUAAAACACAAGAACAUGAUGAAAAUAAAACACAUGUACAAGAAGAAAAUGAAACAAAUGUACAAACACAAAAUGAAUUACAUGAACAAACAUCAAAUGAAACAAAUGUACAAGCACCAAAUGAAACAAAUGUACAAACACAAAAUGAAUUACAUGAACAAUCGCAAAUUAAACAGAAAAACUGUGAAGAAAAAAUAGAAGAAGAAAUAGUACAAAAUAAUUCCCCAAAUCAUUUCCACUCUCAAGAAAAAAAGAAAAGAAUUCCAAAGAAAAAAAAAAAAAAAAGAAACUUAAUUAACUCUUCUAACAUAACUACUAAUUUGAACAAUAAUUCUAAAUGUAAUGAGGUUGAAGAAAGGGAAGAAGAUAAAGAUGCUGAAAAAGAAACCAACCCUAAUUAUAAUAUAUUGAUAAACAACGUUAGAGGUGAAGAAGGAGAAAUCUCUUCCCCGAAGGAACGAAACAUACCAAAAAAGGAUAUAGAAAUAAUUCCACUUAAAAAUAAAGAAUCAUUAAAUUCAAAUAAAGAUAAAUAUUUUUCUAAUAAAUAUGAUGAGGGACAUUUAGACCAUGUACCCUGUUACGAUACACAUGAAAAGAAAAUUAUAAAAUUAGAUGGAAAAGAGAAUGAAAAAGAAUAUAACAAAAUAGAACAGUGUGAAGAAAAAGUAAACAUAACAACAAGCAGUCAAAAAAGAGAAAAAAAAGAAAAUGAUAUAAUGACACAUCAAGGUUAUUGUGAAAAUAGUUGUAAAAUAAACAAUCAAUUGAACAAUAAUGAAAUGAUAAAAGAAAAAAAUACAGUAAAUGUGAAAGAUAAUAAAGUAUUAAAUAAUAAGUUUAAAGAUGAUGAAAAAAUAAGCUGUAUAAAAUGUACCUUUGUGAAUGAGACACAUAACGACAAUUCUAAUAAUAAAAAUAAUGAUGAUAGAAAUAUUGAAAAAACAAAUAAUUAUAUAGAUAAGAAUAUAAAAAAUAUAAAUAAAAAAAAAAUAUAUGGCACUUAUUCUAAAAAAGAGAAACGUUUAAAUGAGCAACAUAACAAUGAAGCAUCCCAUAACAUUUUAACAAAAAAUAAUGAGAAUACAAAAUUUAUAAAAGAUGUAAAUAACAAUAAAUGUAAGAAAGAAAAAUAUAAUGAAAAAGAGAAAAAAAUUUUGGAAACAUUAUCACAUGGGAAAAUGGAAAAACACAAAAAGAAUAAAAUUGUAUUAGGAUAUAAAUCGUGUUCAUGUGUACAUAAUAUUAUUCGAAAUAGUAGCAACAAUAAAAAUCAAAAUGGAACAGGAAAUAUAUCAAAAAAAGAAACAAAUAAAAAAGAAGUGACAAAAACAUUGGCAAAGAGUUCUUCAAAUUGUACUACCACUACAACCUCUAGCAAUUAUAAAUAUAAAAAUAAUUAUAUGAAUACAUCUUUUACAACAUCUAAUAAUUUUAAUAAAAAUAAUUCGUUUCCAUAUAACAAGAAAAUAUUAAAGGGUAAGGUAUUCAAUGCAACAAGUAAAACUGGAUAUAUACAAAAUAUGCGCAUAAAAAACAUGGAGAGAAAUAAAUAUAAACCUCAGAAUAAUAUCAUAGUUGAUAAGAAUUUAAAUUAUUAUCCUUUAGAUAAUUCAGGAAAUAAAAUAAUUUCUAUACCUAACUAUAACAACCCUAUAUAUAAUGUUAAUGAUACACCUAAUUAUUUUUUAAAUUCAUAUAUUGAUAAGAAUUUGGAUCCUAUAUCUCAUGAUAAUAUGAUCAGACAAAUGAAUGAAUAUAAUAAUAUUAAUUAUAAUAGAGAUAAUAUAUCCACUAUGAAUUAUACAAAUUAUUCUCCUCAUGUAAAAAAUAAUAAAAUAUUAAUGAAUCAUAAUAUUAUUCCUAUGGAUAUCAUACCAAACAAUGGAAACUACUACAAUAAUAUGAAUAAUUAUAUAUAUGAUUAUAACAAUCCAUAUUACAACAUUCCAAAUAUGGGGAUUAAUAAUAAGAAUACAUUUGAUAAUUUUACAACAAUAAAUAAAAAUAAAAAUAAUAGUAAUAUUUCCAAGGAUAUAAAAAAUGAAGACAUUUCAAAUUAUAAACCACAUUAUCAUAUUGUACGUUCAAAAAAAGAAAUCAAUAUCAAGAACGAUAGAACAAAUAAAUCAUUUAAUUAUAAUAUAAACUCAAAUUAUUUAAAAAAAAAGAAAAAAAAAAAUUUUUUUAAUUACCAUCCUAUAAAUGAAGCAAACAUAUAUAACAUAAAUGGCUAUACAAAUUUUGAUACAUAUAAUUAUACAAAUGAACAAAAGGAUAUUUCAUCAAAUAAUAUAAUAUAUAACAGAUCAAAAAAAAAUUUCUUCUUUUCAAAUAAUAAUAAUAAUAAUAAUAAUAUUUUAAUUAAUGAAAGGAAUAUACAAGUACCUACAACAUCAUAUACUAUGAACAACAAUAUAAAAGAAAAUACAUCUAAUAAUAUUUUAUACAAUAAUAAUAUUGGAAAUUAUAUGAAUAACAUAAAUAUCACAUGGAAAAACAACCAUAAUGUAAAAGAUAUGAAAUUUUAUCAAGUUAUGGACAAAAAAAAAAACAGAAAAAAAAAAGAACAUUCCUUUCCAUAUGUGCAUAAUGAUAUGAACAUUGAUCAAAAUUAUAAUAAAGUGAAUAAUAAAAAUGGGAAUUAUACGAAUGAAUCUAUUAUGACAAAUAUAAAUAAUAUUAAUCAAAACAAUAAUAAUUCUAUUAAUAAUCAUAAUGCUAAUAAUUAUUAUAACCCUUGUAAUAACUAUGAUAAUAAAACAUCUUUUAUUGAUGCAAUGAAAAAUAUUUCACAAGAAGAUGUACAACAAGCAUUUAUGCAUAACAUGAUGACAUUUCAGGAUUAA